AUGGUGCGCAGGGGCACAUAUCCCGGUGGUUGGGCAGACUACGACGGCUCGAUAACCAAGCUAUACACGCACCCGCAAGCAUGGGGCCAAUGCGAAUCUUUCCUGACCAAAUACUUCAAGAGUGUCGAGAGACAGGAUGUCACGUCUACAUCCAAGGGGGCAGAGAUUGUCUCCAAGGAGACAACAGAACGAGGCGCUGCCAUUGCCAAUCGCUUCGCAGCAGAACAACACGGGACGGACGUGCUCAUUGAAAACAUCGAGGAUCGAGCAGACAAUACUACACGUUUCCUGAUCUUCAGGAAUGUGCUCGAUGAGCGGACCGCCCAGCUCAAAUUCGAGCAGCCGAACCCGCCUACAUUGGAAGGCAGGUCUGCUCUCGAAACCACGCACAAGACUUUGAUUACUUUCACGAUUGAUCAUUCAUCUCCUGGUGCAUUGGCAAACGCACUGUUGAUUUUCAAAGCUCAUGGUUUGAAUCUUACGAGUAUUAAUACGAGGCCGAGUCUGAAGAAGUCCUGGCAGUAUAUAUUUUUCGUUGAGUGUGGAAGGACACCCUCGGAUGAUAACAAAGAGGCAGUCCACAAGGCUCUCAAUGAUUUGCGUCAAGCCACUGAGACAUGUAGGGAUUUGGGGACCUGGAAAGAUCAGUUAAGGGCAAGCAAAGCUUGA